GCUAGAAGACCAGACUCACAAAAGUCGAAUGGAGAAACAUGGCUCCAACUACCUACUGGAAUCAUACUUGAGGGACCUUGGGAGGUGCAGCGAAGUAAACGACAGUCAAGCAGGCAACAGCGACAGUGGCGUCGGCGUCGGCAGCGGCACACCCCCCAGGCGUCACACCAAACACAAAUCAAGAAGAGAACGGCAUCUCAUGAGAGAACAUUACUUCACAAAAGAACUCACAGAUAUCUGUCAAGUAAAUUCAGAAAGGCUAAAACAAACGCCAACCGACACAGACUCUGAUGCAUCAGCCGACGAACUUUCUAGAAUACGAGAAGAAAUAGAAUUACUGGAAAAACUGGCAAUCAUUAACAAAAGAUUACAUCGAGAAGAAGAACUGGUAGUAAGACUUACGGCGAAAAUAAAAAGAUAUACCGAGGAGAAAAAAGCAAACAGCUGCGAAAAUGUGUCGCAGGUGACUAUGCUAUUGGAUAAAAUUGAAGAAGAGUUAGGGUUGACAGCAAAAGAGAUGCAGGACAACGAUCUAGAGUUAGAGAAGACGAACAGAGACAUAGAAUGUAGAAUGAAGUUACUCGAUGAGUUAACUCUAGAACUUGAAGAGGAAGAACUGCAAAAUGCUGUACUGGAAAGACAGUUGAACGAAACGUCGAGUCGACAACCAAUCCUCUUACAAGAUAGCUACGUUCCUGUAUUAGAACAAGCUAAUUUCACUUACGGACCUGGUUACGUGCUAGACACACUUGUAUGACAAAUGCUUGAAUUAGCGUGUUUGUUCCAAAGAUAUUCGAAAUUACCAGUCUCAGUGAACUGAGUGUUGUAUCCCAAAACGAAACGAUCCCUCCCAAAAUUGUAUAUUUUCUAUUAAAAUUAAUUUUAAGUCGUCUUCUUUAAGUUACGUCACCAGCAAUAAAAUGGCUUAUUAAAUAAAGUAUGGAAAUUUAUACGUGACCUAGAAUAAGUUUUGUCCAAAUAUAGAUAUUAUAAAUCGUUAAUUUUGUUAUUAUAUAGUAAUAAAAUGUCUGUCUGUGAUGUCAAAAAUACAUUUCAUUUUAUAAUAUACAAGUACAGAUAUAGUGUCGUAUUUUUUUCCUCACACAUUUCUGAUAUCCACAAACAUCGUGAGUUCAUUUUCAGUCGUACUCCAACGAUUUUAGAAGCCAAAUUGGUGUAAAUUGUUUAAAAGUUUAUAACUACAAUAUUUUGUGCAGUAAUAGUUUUCUUUAAGCAAAACUGCAACAAUAAAUGUUACAUUACUACGUAUUGCAAAAAAUAUCAAGAAUAUUUUAUAAGUAUUAAAAAUAUUAAAGUAAAGAAUAAUACGAUUUUGAACCAUUAUCAAAAAUACUCAUCUAAUAAACUUUAUUUCGUUGCAAAGAUACCGUCGGACAUGAAACCUAAAUACCAAAUAUGUAUAAAACCACCAAGUUUAUUGUAAAUACUGAACGAAUUAGGCCUAGUCAUAACACUACGUAUCAAAUCGCUGUUGCAUUUGCCUAUAUUCAUUAAAAACAAAAUUGCAUUUAAAUGUUAUUUACGUAAUUGAAUUAAAUUAUUUUGAACAUGAGUUCAUUUUUGAGAUCUACAAGGCAGUAGCAACGUCGAUAAAUCCGUUAAUUUUAGGUGCUAUUAGUAAUUAUAAAAUAUACUUAAGUCCAAUAUUACCCAUGAUUUUAAGGGCGAUAAUUGUAAGUGCAAAACUAUGAGAUUAAUAACCAUACCCCGCCCUGUGUUACUGUCAAUAUGAAUAGCAAAUAGUUUUAUGCAUCGAAAUGGGUAAAUAAUUUAUGUUUCAUAACAAUAUAUUGAAAAUCAGGGAUUUUAUUAUCUCCAAUUGCAACGUAAAAUAUAUUAUAUGCGAUGGACCGAAGGUGCCAUUUGUUGUACUCGCCUAGCAGGAAUUUACGCAGUAUCGUAUCAAGUUAACGUUUACGUAGAUAUUUCUUUAUCGUUUAACAAUAAUAUACGUAAAUAAAGUCUUAUCGAUUCUAAUACAUUCAAACUACCGUUACCAUGGUUACGUGUUUUACUAUUCGAAGUUCACACGCGCGAUGUUCACGCCGCAUUUUAGUUCAAAAUAUGCUCACGGGGCGCUGUUCAAAUUUCCAUACAAAUAUUUACUUUAA